CGGCGAUUGAUUUUAAUGUCUGGAGACGGGACGUACAGGUCUACAACUGCGUCAUGACGUUCUUUCUUCCCCCUUUCCUCUGCUACCGGCGAGAAUGAAGACCAUUCUCAGCAGUCAGACUGUCGACAUCCCCGACAAUGUCGAUGUGAAGUUGAAGGGGCGGACAGUGAUGGUCAAAGGGCCCCGUGGCAAACUCCAUCGUGAGUUCAGCCACAUCAACCUGGAGCUCAGCUUGCUUGGCAAGAAAAAGAAGAAGCUGCGUGUGGAUAAAUGGUGGGGUAACCGUAAGGAGCUGGCGACAGUCCGCACCAUCUGCAGCCACGUCCAGAAUAUGAUUAAGGGAGUCACUUUGGGUUUCCGGUACAAAAUGCGUUCUGUGUACGCCCAUUUUCCCAUAAAUGUUGUCAUUCAGGAGAAUGGAACCUUGGUGGAAAUCAGAAACUUCUUGGGGGAGAAAUACAUCCGGCGUGUCCGAAUGAGACCUGGUGUGGUAUGUGGAGUUUCUGCAGGCCAGAAGGAUGAGCUGGUGCUAGAGGGUAAUGACGUUGAGCUGGUGUCAAAUUCAGUUGCUCUGAUCCAGCAGGCCACGACAGUCAAAAACAAAGAUAUCAGGAAGUUCUUGGAUGGUAUCUACGUUUCCGAGAAAGGAACAGUUGUGGAACCAGACCAGUAAAAGAGCUUUCGCGUCAUACCACCACGGUCACAGCAGGCAUCAGGAAGUUGUGGUGGCAUCUUCAUGAAGGAAACCACUGGGUUCAGUCCAGAUACUGUUGUGUAUGACCAAUAAAUUUAUCCACUUCUCCAAA